GAAAGACAAGGACCGACAGUAAGCCACUUUUUUCAAUCAAUCUGAACCAACCAUCACUAAACAAACGGCAUUGAGGACGGCCCGCCAACCAGCCUUUGAACCCUGAUCGUCUUUUUCCCCCCCUCCGCCAGUGAUCAUGUCGGAAGAGGCCCUCUACGCCCGCCGAGCGCUGCGUAAACAGAAGAUGCAGAAGGGCCUCCAGCCGAUUCUGCCAGCCAUACCGCCAGAGGAUCAUGGCUUGUCUGCCGAGCAGGAGGAGCUGAUCGAGAUCCUCACCGAAGCCCACAAGAAGCACUUCGAUUCCACUUUCUCCCAGUUCACCCACUACCAACCAGCGGUCCGUCUCUGCCACCACAAUUCGGACACCGGAGCUUCUCAGGAGGCUUCCUUCCCUUCCCUCUGUCUUCUGCCCUCCCACGAGGACAACGCGGAAGAGGUCCUACCUGACGUCUUCUCCACCCUGCCCUUGUUUGCCGACCUCAGCACCUUCAUGAUCCAGCAGGUCAUCCAGUUUGCCAAGGCCAUUCCGGCUUUCAGAAACCUGCCCAUGGACGACCAGAUCUCCCUCCUAAAAGGAGCCACGUUGGAGAUCUGCCAAAUCCACCUAAACACGGUGUUCAACGAGGAAACGAACGCUUGGAAAUGUGGCUCACAUUGCUACACCAUCCAAGAUGGCGCCCUGGCUGGAUUUCAGCAGAUUUAUUUAGAGCCGCUGCUUAAAUUCCAUGUCAGUUUGCGGAAACUGAGGCUGCACGAAGCCGAGUACGUCUUACUGCAAGCUCUGGUGUUGUUUUACCCAGAUCACAUGGACGUGACCCAACGGGAGGAGAUCGAUCAGACCCAGGAGAAAAUCGCCCUGACCUUGAAGAAAUACAUCGAUCACUGGCAUCCCUGGCCGGAAGGCAGGUUUCUCUACGCCAAACUUCUCCUGCUUUUGACCGAACUUCGGACGCUAAAAGUGGAAAACACCCGUCAGAUCCAUCACAUCGACGACAGCCAGGAUCUCUCUUCCUUGACCCCACUGCUCUCCGAAAUUAUCAGCUAAAAAUCUUGAAUUAGGAGAAUCUUUGCUUUGCAAAUAGAUACCAGGUAGUCCUGGACUUACAAACGGUUUGUUUAGUAACCAUCCCAAGUCACGACGGCACCUGGAAAACGGGGACUCAGGACCAUGUUUUACACUUACGACCGCCGCAAUCAAAAUUCGACCGACUCGUGUUUAUGACGGUUGCACUGUCCCCUUUGGUGACUUUCUGACAAGGGGGAAAAAUUCCAGUGGGCAGAUGAUUCUCUGCACAUUCUCAGGGGCUUUGGAAAUGCCAUUUUGCUAAUUUUAACAAUGCAACGAAGAAAUGGACUUUUUUUAACCCCUGCUCUUUCAGUAGCACUUUAAUGAUAGCAAAUUAAUUAAAUAAAAACAUGGUUUAUUUUU